AUGCCAGUGGCCACGGUACACCCAAUCGAUCGCGACUCUACCACCGCGGCUGUGCAGGACCUCCCAGACAGUAGCUUUCAACUCAGUCUCCUCGGUGUACACUUUAUCACCAGGGAGGACAGGCCCACUUAUCUGCAUCGGGCGUCGUUUUCGCAACCGAUCAAGCUUCAGCCGCAGUACAAGAGACCGAAGGUGUUCGCCUGGGUCAAGACCAACUUGGAAGACGUCUUUCAAAACGGCCAACAUGAGAUGCUCCGGGAGUCGUACUGUAACUCGCUCAUCGGUGAAGUGGAAUGCGUCGCAUAG